GCCGCAUCUGCACCCGCGGGGCGGCGACUGCCGAGCACAUGCACUCUCAAAACUUCGCCGCCGUCCUCACCAUGUAGCCGCAAGCUCAAGGAAAACCUAGAAUGUCAGCGUGGAAGAAGGUGCUGCUGAGCAUAGUGCAACAACGCUGCUGUAUCCUCCCAGAUAGGAACACAGAGUCACAGUGCACAUUGUGUGGUGAGACCGAAGAUCAGCUAGAUUCAUGGUCUCCACCGCCGUACUUCGAUGAAGACAGCUACCCCUCCCCUCCCAGGAAUAUGAAAGGUUUAUCAAGCGGUCGUCCUCAACUCACCUUCACAUCAGGACACACCUGUGGGCUGCCAGACUGCGAUCAGUCCCUCGACCACUUGCAGCAUGUCGGCCCCGAUUCCCGCUCUCCCUACCUUCUCAGUCCGACCGAGAGCUGCCCUCUGGAUCCACACCGCUGCUCGCCCCGCAGCUCCAUCCACUCGGAGUGCAUGGUGAUGCCCGUUUCCAUGGCAUCUGACCACGUUUCCAGCAGCACCUUUCCCAGAAUGCAUUACAGUUCACACCACGACGGCUCGAGAGACGACGGCUCUGCUUCUCACGGUGGCAGCGGCAGCGGAGGGGGAGGCGUUGGUGGUGGGGGUGGCGGGUCUGGGAAGAUGAAUCGUAUUCCAGCGAACCUGCUGGACCAGUUCGAGAAGCAGUUGCCGAUUCACAGAGACGGUUUUCACACGCUGCAGUACCAGCGCACGUCUGCAACCACCACAAGCAGCGAGCAGCGCAACGAGAGUCCCGGGCGCAUCCGCCAUCUGGUGCAUUCCGUCCAGAAGCUCUUCACCAAAUCCCACUCUCUCGAGGGGUCAUCCAAGAUGAACGGCACCAAGGGAGACUCUCGCUCAGACAGCGGACACCACCACCACCACCAUCACGGACACCACCAUGGGAACCACAAACACAGCAAACGGAGUAAGAGCAAGGAGCGCAAGUCAGACUCCAAGCAACGCUCAGGGAUAGCAGGCUGGUGGAGUUCUGACGACAACCUGGACAGCGACAGCACCUACCGGACUCCUAGCAUCAUGAGUCGCCACCACGGAGAUCAUAUCACUCACUGUUACCCGGACACAGGCCAUGGUCACUUUGGUGACCUUUCGCUCAAGACCUCCAAGAGCAACAACGACGUGAAAUGUUCGGCAUGCGAGAGCAUCGCUAUGGCCCCCGAGGGCAAAUUUAUGAAGCGCAGCUCCUGGUCGACACUGACUGUCAGCCAGGCUAAAGAAGCCUACCGCAAAUCUUCCCUCAACCUGGAGAAACCGACCAUGCCUCAAGAUCUGAAGUCCUCCAUGAGGCCUUGUCAUUAUUUGCAGGUCCCUCAGGAUGAAUGGGGAGGGAGAGAUGAGGAGAUCCCAUGCAGAAGGAUGCGGAGCAGCAGUUACGUUAAAGCCAUGGGUGACCAAGACAGCGGAGACUCCGACGGCAGCCCUAAAAACUCCCCACAGAAAAGCAUGCGACCCAACGCUCUCGUCAAAUCCGUGCUGCAGAGACAACUUUCAGACCAGAGCUCAUACCGUUUGGACAAGUCAAGCCGAGACAUGGUCAAAUACCUCACCAAUAUCACUGCAGAUUUAAGUCAAAGCUACCAUCUUCAUACCUCUAGGGAAAUCCAUCCCAGCAUCACACUGGAACCGUCUCCCAACUACAGCUCGCCGAAGUUCCGCUCCAGGAACCAGAGCUACAUGAGGGCGGUCAGCACCCUGAGCCAGGCCAGCUGCGUCAGCCAGGUCAGCCAGGUAAGCGAGACCGAGGUUAAUGGCCAGUUUGAGUCGGUGUGUGAAUCCGUAUUCAGUGAGGUAGAGUCUCAGGCCAUGGAUGCUUUGGACCUGCCGGGCUGCUUUAGAACACGCAGCCAUAGUUACCUACGAGCCAUCCAGGCCGGAUUCUCCCAGGACGAUGACUGCGUCCCCUCCAUGACAUCAUCCACUGUCACUUCCACCAUCAGGUCCACCACAGGAAUUCAGUUCCAUCUCCCUUCUUCAGGCAGUGUGGACCGUCCUUCCCAACAACCACCAGCAGUCACCUACACACCCAGUACACCCACCUAUAAGAGGACCCCUCCACCCGUACCCCCUCGUUCCACCUCCAAACCCCUCAUCUCCAUCACAGCGCAGAGCAGCACAGAGUCCACGCAGGACGCUUACCAUGAGGGACAGCUGGCCAGAGGGGGUAUCUGGGGUUCUGAUGGGUUGAGUCUGAGUUUGGGUCGAGCGCUUUAUAACUCCACUGACAGUUUGGACAGUGCCAAGGCCGUCACUAUCGCCAUGGAAGCAGCUGCCAUGGCAAUGGCAGGAAAGAGACACCCCUCCACAGACAGCCAUAGCUCAGUAAUGACCUGUGAUAAAGCUGUGCUGGUGUCCAAAGCAGAGGAGUACCUAAAAACACCAAGGUCCUCAAUAGGAAUACAGGUGGAAGCAGCGACUGACUCAGAGUGUGAAAGCAAAGGCUCUCGAGAGUAUCAGUCUGUUGGGAUUCAAGUGGAAGACGAGAGACGACAGGGCCGGUUUAAGCGGUCCAACAGUGUCACGGCCGCGGUUCAGGCGGAUCUGGAGUUAGAGGGUUUUCCUUUAAUGGAGGACAAAGGUCUACAGUUCGGAGGAGGUUUCCAGCGUCACAGCGAGCCCAGCACCCCUACGCAGUACGGCGCCGUUCGGACCGUCCGCACCCAGGGUCUGUUCAGCUACCGUGAGGACUACCGCACCCCAACGGAGCCCCCGAGUCCCCAGCGCAGCCCCGAGCCCUGGCUGGAGCCCUCGCCGCGGGAGCCCAUCGCUACCGUGGCCGUCACAGUGACUCCGCCCCAACCAACGGAUUCGGGAAGAGCGUCGCCCUCGUGCAGGAGGGACGGAAGCUGGUUCAUGCAGUUGCUGCACACAGAGACGAAAAAGAUGGAGGGAUGGUGCAAAGAGCUGGAGGGGGAGGCGGAAGAGAACGAUCUGUCAGAGGAAAUCCUAGGCAAGAUCCGGAGUGCUGUAGGAAGCGCACAGCUUUUGAUGUCCCAGAAAUUCCAGCAAUUUUAUUGGCUUUGCCAGCAGAACCUAGACCCCAGUGCCAUGCCUCGGCCCACCUCUCAGGACCUGGCUGGGUUCUGGGACCUGCUGCAGCUCUCCAUCGAUGAUGUUACCUCCAAAUUCAAUGAGUUGCAAAAGAUUAAAUCCAACGAUUGGAGGCUUAUUGAAAGUCCUGUAAAGAAGCUCCCGCCGCCAGUACCAAAGAAGACGUUGCGUAAGAGUGUGACGAGGGAAAAAUCUUUGGAUCUCCCUGACCGUCAGAGACAGGAGGCACGACGGCGCCUCAUGGCGGCCAAACGCGCAGCAUCAUUCCGACAAAACUCAGCAUCGGAACGGGCCGACAGCAUCGAGAUCUAUAUACCAGAGGCCCAAACGCGGCUCUGAGAGUCACAGGGAACAGGAACACCUUUAUCACACCAUCACCAUCAUCACUCUCAGUGACAGAGCCAGUUCAAAAUGCAUUCAUCAAUCCAGUCAUCAGAACAAGAGUUUCUUUCCUUUCAAAAGGGUUUUGUACCUUUCAGAACUGCCUGCAACAUCCAUACGAAGUUUUCCCUGUUUAGGGAGAGACACUUCACCAAAAUUGCACAACAUAUCGCAAUUGUAGACCCACAUGACAAUGACGUUACCAGACGAAGCAAAACUUUACAUAUAAGCUUUAAUCACAGCCAAUUCUGUGAGUGUCUUUCUGACAUCCAUUUAGCACUUUCAAAAUUUAAAAAUUAUGUCUCAAAUUUAAAGAAUAGUUUUGGUUUUUAUUAAAUUAUGAAACCUGAAGAAAAGUCUUUAGUUCUGGUUCCAUCUGGUUCCAUUCAUUCGAGUUUUAUAGCUUCGUAUUUCUGUUCUUACAUUUCAUUUCUCUCUCUCUCUCUCUCUCUCUCUCUCUCUCUCUCUCUCUCUCUCUCUCUCUCUCUUCGUCUUUGUAUUUCUGUUGUUCUCUCUUUCCGUCUCUCUCCCCAGUGAUUUUCAUAGUAUUUUUCUCUCUUGUUAGCAUUUAUGUAAGUGCCAGUGCUGAAAUACCUCAAUCAUACAUUUUAGACUGAAGCCGUUGGCCGGAGCGGACAGUCACAGCCUUUAAAAAAAAAAAAAAAAAAAAAAAAAACGGUGGGAAAAU